AUGCCGAAUGCGACAACAGAUGACAGCUGGAGAGCCAGCGGGCGACCCGUCUCGACUAUCGCACGAUCCUUCUCCGCCGCCCUCGACGAAGCAUUCUUCAUGAAACCAGAUCUAGACAAUUUAUCUCAAUCCGUAGCUCAGAAGUAUGCUGUCCCUUGGCCCCCCAUACCAUCGAAUUUCCAGCCACGACUUCCUUCCACUACCCCUCCUCAUUCCAAGCAGCAUCAAAGAAACCAAGUUCUGACACCAAAUAUCUUGCCCGAAAACAGGCAGCAAUCGGUCAGCACGCAGAAAUCCGAGCUCGAAGAGCUAGAAGCACGACUCCGCGAAACCGAGGCCCGACUGAAGACGCAGCAAGCAUCCGACUCUUCCUCCACCUCGCCCGCUCAGACGCGUAACAGAGACGAGCGAAAGGAUAACAACAUUAACAGCCCGCGCUCCCGCAACGGCGUCGACCGCGCUUUCGACCCACCAGGUCCACAACGGAAUGCCAAAUCCCCUCUUCCGCCCACCAGACAAGAAAACAUCUCACCACAAGCACAAGCGUCCAAGAACGGAGGAAAAGACCCGCGGGCCAAGAAUUUUUGA